CAGAUUCCAACUUUCUCUUCUGCCACAAAAUGAAGGUCUCCCAGUUUUUCCUUACCACCGUCUUUGCUGCUCUCUUUUUCAUGUCUUCCAGCGAUGCCGCCUGCAUCUGCGUCAAUCACACGGCUGGAAAGCACUGCGGACAGUCUCGAUUGCUCAGUGGAUGUAAGUACGAUUACAUUUACCAAUGCAAUGGUGUCUAUGGCAGCCCUGCCUAUGAAUAUGGACCAUGCAGAAAAGGCUGCAUCCAAGAGUCGAUUUCAAGGGACCACUGCAGGUUAUAAAUGCGCACAUGUCGUGCUUUCAUAGGCAAACCAGUCAAGGCUACAUUUCAUUAUUUGCAAAGGUUCAAAGGAGAUCAACUUCAUUGCGGUUUCGCUCCAACCAAUGUUUAUAGUAAAAAUAUAGCACUUAAUAAGUUGCUACUUGUUUCUUAAAAAGUAGUAAAUUCUUUUUUUCUGAAAUUCAUGAGGAAUGGCUCGACUAAUCUCUUGUGCGCAUGUAACUGAU